GGGAGGCGCGGGGGCGCGCGGGGACAUGGCGAAGCUGGACGUUGAGGAGGGGGCAGCGGGGGCACCCGGGCACCCGCCCGCCAAUGGGUACCUGUUGGUCCCGGGGGGCGAGCCCCCCGGAAAGCUGAGCGCCGAGCCGCAGAACGGGCCCAAGGCCGGCUGCCUGACCCUGAAUGGAGUGUCUCGGGACAGCCUCGCGGCCGCCGUGCAAGCCCUGGACAGGCCUCGGACCCCGCUGGCCCCGGAGGAGGAGACCCAGACCCGGCUGCUGCCGGGGGGCCCCGGGGAGGAGACCCCCGGGGCCGAGGGCGCCCGAGUGCCGCAGACGGCGCUCUCCGCGCGGCGCUUUGUGGUGCUCCUCAUCUUCAGCCUGUACUCGCUGGUGAAUGCCUUCCAGUGGAUCCAGUACAGCAUCAUCAGCAAUGUCUUCAGGGACUUCUACCGCGUCUCCUUCCUGCACAUCGACUGGCUGUCCAUGGUGUACAUGCUGGCCUACGUGCCCCUCAUCUUCCCGGCCACGUGGCUGCUGGACACCAGAGGCCUGAGGCUCACGGCCCUGCUGGGCUCCGGCCUCAACUGCCUGGGCGCCUGGGUCAAGUGCGGCAGUGUCCAGCAGCAUCUCUUCUGGGUCACCAUGCUGGGCCAGUGCCUGUGCUCCGUGGCCCAGGUGUUCAUCCUCGGCUUGCCCUCCCGCAUCGCCUCGGUGUGGUUUGGGCCCAAGGAGGUGUCCACAGCUUGUGCCACCGCCGUGCUAGGCAAUCAGCUUGGAACUGCAGUUGGCUUUUUGCUACCACCAGUUUUAGUGCCCAACACACAGAAUAACACGGAUCUUCUGGAGUGUAAUAUCAGUACUAUGUUUUAUGGAACAUCAUCCAUCGCCACAUUUUUAUGUCUUUUAACAGUCAUUGCAUUCAAAGAAAAACCUCCAUAUCCACCAAGUCAGGCUCAAGCAGUUCUUCAAAACAGCCCUCCUGCUGAGUACUCCUAUAAGAAAUCAAUAAGGAACUUAUUUAAAAACAUUCCUUUUGUCCUUCUGUUGAUCACAUAUGGUAUCAUGACUGGAGCAUUUUAUUCAGUCUCAACAUUAUUAAAUCAAAUGAUACUGAUACAUUAUGAGGGAGAAGAAGUCAAUGCUGGAAGGAUUGGGCUAACACUGGUAGUAGCUGGAAUGGUGGGUUCUAUUCUUUGUGGCUUAUGGCUAGAUCAUACCAAAACAUACAAACAGACUACUCUGGUAGUUUACAUUUUGUCUUUUCUGGGAAUGGUUGUAUUUACUUUCACGUUGGACCUUGGAUACAUUAUCAUUGUGUUUAUUACUGGAGGGGUACUCGGUUUCUUCAUGACUGGUUACCUCCCAUUGGGUUUUGAGUUUGCUGUUGAAAUCACUUACCCUGAAUCUGAAGGUACCUCAUCUGGUCUUCUUAAUGCUUCUGCACAGAUAUUUGGAAUUUUGUUCACAUUGGCUCAAGGGAAGCUCACGUCAGACUAUGGUCCUAGGGCAGGGAACAUUUUCCUCUGUAUUUGGAUGUUUCUAGGCAUCAUUUUAACAGCAUUAAUCAAGUCUGAUCUCAAAAGACACAAUAUAAAUAUAGGAAUUGCAAACGGUGAUAUUAAAGCUGUACCAGUUGAAGAUAGUCCCACAGACCAAGAAUCAAAAACCAUGAUGAUGUCCAAGCAGUCAGAAUCGGCAAUUUGAAGUGAAAAAAGAAGUUAACCUCAUGUGGUAGAUGAGUAGUAAGGCUUGGUUUAUAUGUACGAGAGAUAGAUACUUAACUUGAAAAUUAUUAUGUGACCUCUGAAUACAGUUACUGUUUUCACCUUCAUAUUAACGUGAGCAAGAUUUUGCUUAAAAUAUUUUAAGCUUAAAAUAUGUUGGCUCACAUCGUAAUAACACUACCAUUUAUCUACCAAGCAUCCCAUUGUUAAUCUAUUGUCGAUCAGAAUGUAAGCUUCUUAAUGUGUACUUUCCAAAAAUUUUUUCUUUUUUAUAGAAAGUGGAAGGUCAAAAGGCUUUCUAAAAUGAUAAUGUGGAGGUCUAAUCCCUUUAAGUCACAUAGGAGUACAUAGAAUUUAGAACCAAAUGUGCAUUAUAUUCCUAAUUAGCUCCCUUUCCAUUAUUCUGACCAACUGUCCAAUCUGCCUCAGUGGGAGAUACCAACACGGCACUUCUGACCCCCUAAAGGAUAGCACUGGGAUGAGACUUCCACGGAACCUCUAAGAUUUUUCCAUUUUCUUAUAUUCUUGUUAAACAAGGCUUUGUUACAUGUACUGUUAGUGGCUGUCAAAACUGUUCUGUGUACACAUUGAACCCAUGACUUUGGUCUUAGACUUGUGUUCUAAUUAAGCUAAGGAGUGCAGACAUAGGCUCAUUGUCUUGAGCUCUCUGCACUACCUUCCUAUCACGGUAGGAUAUGCUAAUACUAUUUUUUCACUCCAGCUUGAAAUAGAGGGAUUUUGUACCCACUGCCUUGUCCACUAUCUUUUUUUCAGUGCAGGCAUACCUUGGGGAUAUCGCAGGGUCAGCUCCAGACCAUUCAGAAUAAAGCAAAUAUCACAAUAAAGUGAUUCAAAUGAGUUCCUUGGUUUCCCAGUACAUAUAAAAGUCAGAUUUACACUCUUCUGUAGUCGAUUAAGUGUGCGGUAGCCUGGAAGAACAAUGUACAUACCUUAUAUGAAAAAAGACUUAUUGCUAAAAAAUGCUAACCAUCACCUGAGCUUUUAGCAAGUCAUAACCGCUGAUUACAGAUCACUAUAAUCAAUAUAAUAAUAAUGAAAAAGUUUGGAAUAUUGCAAGAAUUACCAAAAUGUGACACAGACACAAGCGAGCAAGAGCUUUUGGAAAAAUGGCACCAAAAACUUUCUUGAUACAGGGUUGCCACAAAUCUCCAACUUGUUUAAAAAAACAAAAAACAAAAAAUGCAGCAUCUGUGAAGGGCAAUACAUCAAAGCAUAAUAAAAUGAGGUAUGCCUGUGUAUGACUUUCAAGCAAGAAAAUUCCAUCCUCUGUGUUGUUGGCUUUCUCGUGAUUUCUUGUAUCGCACCUCAUAGCGUAAUACUUUGGCUUGAAGGUUGUGAAGAUAAAGAAAUUGAUGGUAACAUAGCCCUCGUGUUUUCAUUUGGUGGAGACCUCUUGAAAGGGUGUCUUUGUUCUGCACUAUCGUUUGUAUGACCGUUCUCCUUCGAAGGAAUACACUGUGUCCAGGUGCAUGCUCCCUCAGUGUGUUGGGGGAAUGUAUUCUUUUCUUCACCAGAGUGUACCCGGUCUCCAUACUGUUGGGAAAAAAGUCUGCUGUUUUACAUGCUCAGGGUAAGGAACAGAGGACCAAAUGUCUUUCUACAGUGCCUACCACUGCGUUUUGUUUACAAUAAGAAUUUAAAUGUUGUUCCUGUCCUGACUUUCUAAGCUGCUAGGGAAUAUCUUUACAAUAAUGACAUAUACACAACCAUAAUAUGUACAUUAUGUCCACAUCAACCCUAAAAAAAGCUGGUCAGGGGAUACCCUUGAAUAUUCUUGGAAGCAAAUUAGCAAUUCCGAUUUGGGCAUUUUAUAUGCAUCACCUUACAUUAAAAUUAUAAUGUUCUUUUUAAUCAAGCGACAGCAAAUUAUGUAGAAUUUUACCCUGGAGAAUCGUCACUGGGAGAACCCAGCUGGGAAUCAGGAGCUCUGGGUCUGUGACCUGGAUCUGUUUCUAGGUGUCCCUGUCACUCUCCGGCCAGCAUUUUUCUCAUCCAUAAAAUGAAUGUAUUCACUUUGAUCUCAAAGAUCUUUUUUGAAAAAAAAAAAAAGAUCUUUUUUGAGUCUUAAAUACCGUUCACCAUGCGGUAGACCAAAUCACUGAGCCACAGGAACUUAAAUCUAGCUAGAGAAGUAUCCCCUGGAGAAUUGAAUGAACAGCUGUGAUUGAUACUUUGUGGGUAUGGGGAAUUUACAAUUGUUUUUUUUGCUUUUUUAUUCAGUUGAUGAUAGCUCAAGCAUAAUAUGCUGAAUCAUUAACUUCCUUAGACAAUUACAUCGCAGGUUUUAUGGCCAAAAAUAUAUUCUAAGAUCCCUCUUAAAUAAUUAUUUUUAUUUUUAAACCAUCAAUUGUUUAAAAUAAUCAUGUACUUUUUGAGUUUCUGAGCUUUUGACAAAAAUUACAAAUAAAAGUUAGGAGACAUUGUUUCUGAAAAGCAUACAUAUCUGUCAUGUGUAUCUCUGUUGAUUAGAAAAAGGAUGAAAUAUGAUAUCAUAAAACACAAAAUAGAUUAAUAAUUUUUUCUAUAUUUUGAGUUAAAGUUGUCUAUAACAUGUCAGACAAGAAUGUCAUAAUUCUGUCUUGGAAAAUGGAGUUGGGUAACCAGCACUUGAGUGAAUUUUAAUGAAAUGAUUUUAGAAAGAAAUUGGAUGCUUUCAAAAGCAGUUUCAUUUAUAAAUAUUGCAAAAACAAAAACACUAGCUUUUGCCUUUUGUGAAGGUUGGGAGAAAAUUUUAAAAUAUGUUUAUGUGUAAACUCAAGAGAAUUGCCAGAAGAAUGUAUGUCUGUAUUAAGUCAUCUUUCAUGUUCUAAGUUUUGCUUUUUGUACUAUUUGUCUGUAUGCUCAUUCUUCAGUGUUUCAGACCUGAAAUAAACUUAUUUUUUUAAUGUUAA